AUGCCCGAUCCUAAUCAGAGCAAUGGAAUCGAGAAGAAGACAAUUCGUGCUGCGUGCGUCAACUGCCACGACCGAAAGGUCAAAUGUGACGCUCAUAAGAGAGGGUUUCCCUGCUCCAAUUGUAUAGUCUUCAAACGGCAAAACUGUCGUAAACAUGAAAAGAAGAAGCGCUCUUUCGUCCGCCCAUCCAAUGGUUUUGUUCCAAUUCGCCGGCGAUCGCCAGAUCAUACUGCUUCAGUCCAAGCUGCUUCCUCAGACGGAAGUCGUCCGGGCCCUCCUGUAUUCCCAGGGAUAAGGACCAAUGAUAGGCCACUUACAACCGAGUAUGAGUCUCUUGCUCAUCAAAAUUUGGUUGAAUUCAUGGAUCAAAAUGAUAUUCGACGACAUUCCAUUCAAAGAGGAGUCAGAAUUACUUAUGUAGGGAAGGACGUCUCGAACAUCAACUUCCUUGUCCGUCAACGAGAUGGUGGUGAUGAGACUAUUCACCAUGUCCCUACUGAUGAGAUUGCACGGCAGUUCAUCCAUCAUGAACCAGAGAGAAUGCCUAGGGAAGCAUUUAUGCUUCCAGAGCAAUCCCUCGCUGAUGAGUUGGUAGAAGCCUACUUUAAACAUGUGAACCCUGGAUGCCCAAUUGUGGACGAGGAAGUAUUUAUGGCACAGUAUCGAAGUCAAAAUCCGUCUGAUCCCCCUUCGCUUCUAGUCCUGCAAGCCAUUCUUCUUGUCGGAGCACACGUGUCUUGUGAGCGGCCCGAUCGAGAUAAGCUUAAAGCUGCAUUCUUCCGGAGGGCGAAGAUGCUUUUCGAUGCACGACUGGAGAAGAACCGGGAUAUUGUUGUGCAGGCCGCGCUCUUGCUAACUUGGCAUUCUGAUGGUAUUGAAGAUAUUGGGGCCAACGCAUGGUUCUGGGUUGGGAUUGCAGCAAGGACUGCUACUGGGCUGGGAAUGCACCGAGAUGGGGGAUCUAGUAAGUUGGUAUACCGUGAUAUGCGCACAUGGCGGAGGAUCUGGUGGAUAUUGGUUCAAUUUGACGUGACGGUCUCCCUUUCUUAUGGACGUCCCCAAGCUAUAAACCUAGAUGAAUGCGACGUCCAAGCUCUGAAAGCAUCAGAUUUUGAAGGCUGCGGGCCCAAUGUUCAGAUCGACUAUGUCAUCAAGCGAACUGAGCUCUGCAUCCUUAUUUCUAAGGUCCUACGAGAACGCUUUGGUCUUCGAGUGAGCCAAGAAGAUCGCAUGGCAGCCCUCAUGAAUGCCGACGAGUCACUAGCAAAUUGGUGCCUCACGCUGCCACAGCCCCUCCAAAUGGCCUCGUCAGAAAUGACAUUAUGGUCUGCUUCUUUGCAUUUAACAUACAACAACUUCUUGAUACUUCUCCAUCGGCCACACCCAAAGUCCUAUAGGCAACCGCAAGACUACGGCCCAAAUGAUUCUGAUAUCUGCAGUGUGUCAGCCAUCACAAUCGCAAAUAUAUUCGAGGAUUUGCGAACGAAAGACCGUAUCAAAUAUCUCUGGAUAUCAGACAUCAACGCCCUGUUUACGGCUAUGCUUCAAGUUAGUGUGGAGCUGCGAUUCUCGAAUCCUAUCUUGGCUAUUAACGCCCUUCGCCGCUUCGAUUCAACUCUCCUUUCCUUGCGAGAGCUCGCCGAGUACUGGGUCAAUGCCGACUCAAUCCUUCGCAUCUUCGAAGAGAGUUCUCAUAUCCAACACGGGAUUCGUCUUGGCAAAGAGAUCCGGAAUCCAGAACUGUCACCACACAUGGAGGGCACUAAAGAAACAAACGCCUCCACAGUCGGGGAAGAGCAGGCUUCAGCAAGCUUAGGAGCAGAGCGCAACCAAGAGAAAUCCGACCUCGAUAUCCUCGCCGAAGCAGCACACGCAUCUUCUGACCUAGGUGGAGCGGCGACCCAGGAUACGCAAGGAGACGCGAGUCUCUUACCAGGCUUGUUCCCGUCAAAUGAUUACCUUUCGGAGGACUUUCUCCCUCCAACAGAUAUAUCGUCGCUGGGUAAUGAGUGGCGAGAGAUAUAUUGGCAAGAACCGGGAAUUUCAGAGUCAUUUGGAGAUGGAUUUUGGGGUUGGUGAUGAUCCUCGCGCUGGCCACUAAAAGGAACAUAUUGAUGCCCUAUUAUUAAGUAGGAAUUUCUUCUAGCACAUCAUAGACGUCUGGUUGGAAAUGACAGAGCUGAUUUUUGCUGGGGAAAGGGUUUCUUUGAAACGUGAACAGG